AUGGAGCAGUACGAGAAGCAGGAGAAGAUCGGGGAGGGCACGUACGGGGUGGUGUACAAGGGGCUGGACAAGGCCACCAACGAGACGAUCGCGCUCAAGAAGAUCCGCCUCGAGCAGGAGGACGAGGGCGUCCCGUCCACCGCCAUCCGCGAGAUCUCUCUCCUCAAGGAGAUGAACCACGACAACAUCGUCAGGUUACAUGAUGUUAUCCACAGCGAGAAGCGCAUAUAUCUUGUCUUCGAGUUCCUGGAUCUGGACCUGAAGAAGUUCAUGGACAAUUGCCCGGAGUUUGCUAAGAAUCCCACUUUGAUUAAGUCAUACCUCUACCAGAUACUCCGUGGUGUUGCUUACUGCCAUUCUCAUAGAUUUCUUCAUCGAGAUUUGAAACCUCAGAACUUAUUGAUAGAUCGGCGUACUAAUACACUGAAGCUUGCAGACUUUGGUUUAUCCAGGGCAUUUGGAAUUCCUGUCCGUACAUUCACUCAUGAGGUAGUGACAUUAUGGUACAGAGCUCCAGAAAUUCUGCUUGGAGCGAAACAGUAUUCGACACCAGUUGAUGUAUGGUCUGUGGGCUGUAUCUUUGCGGAAAUGGUGAACCAAAAGCCACUAUUCCCUGGUGAUUCUGAGAUCGACGAACUGUUUAAGAUAUUCAGGGUAUUAGGUACACCAAAUGAACAAAGUUGGCCAGGAGUCCGUUAUUUGCCUGACUUCAAGACUGCUUUCCCCAGGUGGCAGGCUCAGGACCUGGCAACAAUUGUCCCAAAUCUUGAACCUGCUGGUUUGGACCUUCUCUCGAAAAUGCUUCGAUACGAGCCAAGCAAAAGAAUCACAGCUAGGCAAGCACUUGAGCAUGAGUACUUCAAGGACCUUGAGAUGGUACAGUGA